GACAAUAAUGCUAUCCUGCCUCGGCCUGAACCCUCCGCCAAGUGCUACCUCAGUCAAUGGUAAGCGGUUGUUGCUCAAUCUGCACACUGCUAACAGUUCAUGUUUGCUGAGUCCUGGCGUGACACAUGUCAACUCAGCUAUGAACACCACCACCUCUGCCUCUGGUGGUGUCAAGGCAUAGUGCUCAAACUGCGGCGCUACCCACCCUCCAUUAUGGCAUCGUGGUUUCAACAAUGAGCUCAACUGUAACCCCUGCGGGCUCUACUGCAAGCUGGUGAGU